AUGGAGAAGCCUCCCCGAAUGAAUGGAAGCCACGUCCUUUAAACCCUUCUGUCACAUAAACUAAUUCGCAUUGAAUUCGAGCGAAGUCAAAAUGGCCGUGUACACUUCAUCUUCUUAUACUGUUCUGUCGCUGAGAAGUUGCGCAUCUCUUAGGAAAUCUACCCCUGUUGGCUUAUUAUAUUUUAGAAGAAGCUCUUCAGCUAAAAUAUUUUCUCUUGUUAACAUCACAUACUAUUCUACUUAUUCCAGCAAUGAGUUUUGCACUUCAUCAAAGCGAAGAUCUCGUGGACCUGUAAUGGCAGCGAAGAAAGCUUCUGAAGGAGCAAAUAAGGAAGAUGGGAGGUACAAGCACACAGUUGAUCUGCCUAAAACCACAUUUGGCAUGAGGGCGAACUCUGUAGUAAGGGAGCCUGAAAUUCAGAAGUUAUGGGAGGAAAAUCAGGUCUUUAGGAGAGUAAUCGACAGGAAUAAUGGUGGCAGUUUCAUUCUUCAUGAUGGUCCUCCUUAUGCAAAUGGUGAUUUACACAUGGGUCAUGCUUUAAAUAAGAUUUUGAAGGAUAUUAUUAACCGCUAUAAGCUUCUUCAAAACUGCAAAGUUCAUUAUGUGCCUGGUUGGGAUUGCCAUGGGCUACCAAUUGAGUUGAAAGUGUUGCAGUCAUUGGAUCAAGAUGCAAGAAAGGAGUUGACACCAUUAAAGUUGAGAGCAAAGGCGACCAAAUUUGCCAAAGCGACUGUGAAGACUCAGAUGGCAUCAUUUAAGCGAUAUGGAGUGUGGGGAGACUGGGAUCAUCCUUAUCUAACUCUUGAUCCAGAAUAUGAAGCUGCUCAGAUUGAAGUGUUUGGCCAGAUGGCCUUUCAAGGGUAUAUCUACAGAGGCAGAAAACCAGUUCACUGGAGUCCGUCAUCACGAACUGCUCUUGCAGAGGCUGAGUUGGAGUAUCCAGAGGGGCAUGUUUCAAAGAGCAUGUAUGCCAUAUUCAGAUUAGCCAGUGCUCCUACGUCUGAUGGCUUAUUGGAGGAGUUUUCCCCGAAUUUGUACUUGGCCAUUUGGACUACAACCCCCUGGACUAUACCAGCCAAUGCUGCUGUCGCAGUGAAUGCUAAGCUUCAAUAUGCUGUUGUUGAAGUGCAAUCAGUUUUGGCAGAUGUUUCUACGUCUUCUGCAGUUGGAAAAAAGAGGCUAGGCAAUGUUUUGAAGGAGCAUAAGAAGCCCUGCCUUAUCGUUGCUUCAGAUCUUGUAACAACAUUGGAAACAAAAUGGGGCACGAAACUUAUUGUGAAGAAAACAGUACAAGGUUCAGAGCUCGAAAAUUACAGGUAUAUUCUUCCAAUUGGUGAUAGAGAAUGCCCUGUUGUCAUUGGAGGAGACUACAUUACGACAGAGUCAGGAACUGGACUAGUCCAUACAGCUCCUGGUCACGGUCAGGAAGAUUAUGUAACUGGCCUGAAAUAUGGUUUGCCUAUACUUUCCCCUGUAGAUGAUGAUGGCAAGUUUACUGAAGAAGCUGGACAGUUUAGUGGGUUAGAUGUACUUGGGGAUGGUAAUGCUGCUGUUAUUGACUACUUGGAUGAACAUUUGUCAAUUAUCUUGGUAGAGCCUUACAAUCACAAGUAUCCAUAUGAUUGGAGAACAAAAAAGCCUACUAUAUUUAGGGCAACUGAGCAAUGGUUUGCAUCUGUGGAAGGAUUCCGGAAGGCUGCUAUGGAUGCAAUUAGCCAAGUAACAUGGAUUCCACCUCAGGCAGAAAACAGAAUUUCUGCAAUGACUUCUAGCCGCUCAGAUUGGUGUAUAUCACGGCAAAGGACUUGGGGUGUCCCCAUUCCAGUCUUCUAUCAUAUCGAAUCAAAGGAACCUUUAAUGAAUCAAGAGACGAUUGAUCAUAUCAAGUCUAUAAUUUCCCAAAAGGGGAGUGAUGCAUGGUGGUACAUGUCGAUAGAGGAAUUACUUCCCGACACACAUCGCCAUAAAGCGUCAUACUAUGUAAAGGGGACGGACACGAUGGAUGUGUGGUUUGAUUCAGGCUCUUCUUGGGCUGCUGUGUUGGAGAAAAGAAAUGGCCUUAGUUGUCCUGCAGAUUUGUAUAUUGAAGGCACCGACCAGCAUCGUGGUUGGUUUCAGAGUUCUUUGUUGACAAGUACUGCUACAAAAGGAAAGGCCCCAUAUUCUAGUGUUAUAACACAUGGAUUUGUACUGGAUGAGAGAGGAUUAAAAAUGAGCAAAUCUUUGGGUAAUGUUGUAGAUCCAAGAACUGUAAUUGAAGGGGGGAAGAACCCGGGGGAAGCACAUUCCUAUGGAGCUGAUGUCCUAAGACUAUGGGUUUCGAGUGUUGAUUAUACAGGUGAUGUUAUGGUCGGGCCUCAAGUCCUCCGUCAAAUGUCAGACAUAUAUAGGAAGCUGCGAGGAACGUUGCGAUUUCUUCUGGCAAAUCUUCAUGAUUGGAAAGCUGAUUAUGCUGUUUCUUAUGAUGAUCUUCCCACUAUUGAUCAGCAUGCACUGUUCCAUCUUGAAAAUGUUAUAGAGAACAUCAGACAGAACUAUGAAAAUUUUCAGUUCUUCAAAAUAUUCCAGAUCAUUCAACGGUUUGUGAUUGUUGAUCUCUCAAAUUUCUACUUUGAUGUUGCCAAAGAUCGACUUUAUGUUGGGGGCUCUACAAGUUUUACACGGAGAAGUUGUCAGACCGUUCUUGCAGCACAUCUACUUUCCAUAGUAAGGGUGAUUGCUCCAAUACUACCUCAUUUGGCUGAGGAUGUGUGGCAGCAUCUUCCUUUUGAUUAUAUUACUGAAGAUGGUCAUAUUGCCCAAUUUGUUUUUGAGUCAAGAUGGCCACCAUUAAAUGAAAGAUGGCUAGCUUUCCCUGAGGAAGAAAUUGAUUUUUGGGGUAAAAUUCUUGAGCUGAGAACUGAGGUGAAUAAAGUCCUGGAGGUUGCCCGUACAGGGAAGUUGAUUGGUUCCAGUUUAGAGGCAAAGGUCCAUCUCCACACUUCAGAUAAUGGCCUGGCUGCAAGGUUAAAUGACAUGAUUAAAGCAAGGAAUGAAGCAGACACGUUGCCUCGUAUAUUCAUAACAUCUCAGGUAGAAAUUCUUUCAUCCUUGGAGAAUCAACAAUCUGAAAAUAUACCAUACAAUGGAGAAUAUCUCAUUCAAGGGAAGGACAAAGUUUGGAUUGGUGUGUCUUGUGCAGAUGGCUUGAAAUGUGAAAGAUGUUGGAAUUUCUCGCCCCAAGUUGGUUCUUUUGCUGAGCAUCCUUCACUUUGCAGUCGUUGUUAUAAAAUUGUCGCUGGUCAAUCAAGCCCUGCUUUAGCUGCGGUCAGCUGAGAUCACAUAGGACAGAAUUGAAUUCAAAAACACUGUGUCAGCAACUGAAUUGAGUACAUUUAUCAAUAUCUCUCUCUAAUCUCUACGCCCGUGUUCAAAACCUGCUUUGCGGUGAAAGCAUAAUUUUGGUAUGGUUGAUUACAAUAGGUUCAAUUUGCUUAGUAAAUGCUGGAAUUUGUAGUGAUCAGAAAAGAGAAGCUACAUUUGUUUGUAGAACGGUACAUCUUUGUAAUUUAUCAUGAUUGACAUUGAUGGCAUAUAGGAUCAAUAUACUUUUCUCAAUGUUCUUGGCUGUCUGUAAUUCAUUAAGUAUAGUCUUUGUAUCUUGUAAAGAAACAUAAUAGCAGGUAGUAUGAGCA